AUGGGCAACGAUCAGUCGAGUGUGACGAACGUGGAUGUGCGGACGCGUCGCAGUCUCGACGCCGGAAUGUUCAACAAGGUACGGUAGUUGAGGGCCACGUCACCGAAGUUUGUCGCACACUCCCACACCUCCACUGCCUAAUGGCAUUGCCAUAUCGGAUUUCAUGCCAAAUUUGGAGAUUUUGCGAAGAAAUCAGAGCCCCCUCUCUCUCUCUUUCCCCCGAAAGUGGGUCCACAACUUGUCAUCGAAAUUGCAUAGACGUCUUCUUUUUCUUCUUCUUCUUCUUCUUCUUCUUCUUGCCUUACACCUCCUUCCCCUACUCGAGCACUUAUUCGAAAAAAGAAAGAGAGAGAGAGAGAGAGAAAGUCGUUUCCGAAUUCCGCUUCGCUUCAUUUAUCAUCUUGUGCUCCGUCGUCGCGACGGCGUCACCUUGUUCCCCCCAUUCAUCCGUUUCCGGUUGACUAUUUUCGGAAAUGUAUACUGUAUUACUAGUGGAUUUGUAUACGAAUUGAGGCCUGAUCCUCAGCGGAUGGUCUAGCGAAUCCUAAGACAUUUCUCGGCAAUCUCGGGUUAAAGUCCGCUAUCCUACGAAACUUCUCUUCUGAAGUUGCAUAAAAGUUGUGUAAGGUUUGCGCAAAAGUUGCAGAAAGUGCUCGCAAACUUUGACGUCCUUUGCACAGUACAAAUGCAACUUUUUGUUAGAAAUUGCCCGAGUUGGGCUAAACGCUUUCCUACGGUAGUGGCGUUAAAGACGCAUCCUGAAAGUUCAUCAGGGAAGCAUGUCCGGUUACUGCUGUCGACGUCACCGCCCGUUUCCAGGUUGAUAUGAUAUUAAUACGAUUGAGGCGGUGUCCACAGAUCCGGAACAAACACGUCUAAUGCUAAUCUCGUUAGCCCCUAUGAGCUCAUAGUUGAACCCAAACAGUGCUCCUCACUCUUUUCCCGUUUGUCACGUUUUGUGCUUUGACACUGCUUGAUUCGAAACAUUUUGUGGGGCGGCAGCCGCACACAGAGGAAGUGGCUUUGAAGCGGCAAGAAUUAGAGGCGGUUUUGGUGUCAGAGGCCCCCCGCCCGUCUUGUUUUUUUCUUCCUCUUCCCCCCCACCGAAAUGCUCCUCUCCAUCACGACGAGCCCAUUACGUCUCGGGGAGCGGCGGAGCGCGCCCGGACAAAAGUAUUCGGAUAUGAAUGUCGACAUUCCACUUUGACGGACGGACGGCGCCAACACAUUCAUAGAUGAUGCUGAGAAGACACAUCAUACCCGAAACAAAUCUUCUUCUUCAAAUGAAAAGAGAGAGAGAAAGAGAGAGAUGCUCUCACUCGGCACAAUAAACCGCUAUGGGCAUGUGCUCCGCAAGCGGGCACCUCCUCGCCAUACUCGUUCUGAUUCCUUCGGGCUUCCACACACACAUAGUGCUGUCCUUUCGCAUUUUCUUUUCCGCCGCACAACCUUGUUAACCAGAGAGGUGUGUCUGUGCAAACGCACGUGACACCCCUUUCAACUUGAUUACUCGUGCGCACCCAUGCAAAUCUGAUCCGCCGCGUCCGUUCGGCUACUCGAAACGAAGGAAACAAUUUGUGUUUCAGGCGAAGCACACGUGUACGACGCCCCGUCCGUCGGUCGCUCUUCCGCCGCCGUCGCCGAAUCAGCCGCGCCUCUCCGCCGAUUUCUCCAGCACCUCCUCACCGUGAGUAUCCCCCCCAAAAUAUGUUUGAUUUCUUGUCAACUCGUCGUUGUGCUGAAGAAAAGCGAAGAUUUCUCUCGCUUUUUGCAUAACUUCCUCGGGGCCCGCCCGCUUCCCUUCCCGCCCCGCGCGCCCGGUUUCCGUUUGUUCGGAAGUCAACUCGACCCCCAUUCUGCUUUCUUUUUUGGCUAUGCAAAAAUGGUAUCGAAUGACGUGAUUGUUGCGAAAAAACGCGUUUCAGACGGCGUUCGUUCAGCGAGCAAAUGGGCAACAACGUGCCGUCGCGAAGAAUGAGCCGAGCCACGAUCCAUUUGGAGAACAGCAGUGCCGCUGAGAACAUUUCCUUCGUCGACGCCAUUCAUUUAUCACCGUAAGUAUCAUAGUUGCCACGGGCCGGGCCGGGCCGGGCCGAAAUUUCCAAAACUCCGGCCCGGUUAAAAAAGCGGGAAUUCAAAAUUUGAAUUAUUGAUCGCAUGAAGCCAUUUUUUGUAGAAUUAGGGGUUUUUUGCAAGCAUCGAACAUUGAAAAACAAAUGUGUUUCUCAUAAAAAUUCAUAAUAGCAAAAAAACAAAGAAGAAACACUAAGACUUCGAAAUUCGAAAUUUCGAAAUUUUUUUUUGUAAUAACGAAAAAAAAAUUUCCGCGAAAAUUUGAAUUCCCGCCUUUUGAACCGGGCCGGCACUUCACCGACCCGGCCCGGCCCGGGCCGGCACUUUACCGGCCCGGCCCGAAAUCUGGCAAGUCUGGUAAGUAUUGUAGAGUCUGAGUGCUAAAUUUGAAUCUUUUGGCCUAAUGGAUUCUCGCUGACACGAAAUUGAGAAAAGUCAAAUGUCAUGGAAGGGAAACACGAAACCCUAGUGCCCCGGCAAUGCCGAUUUACAGUCGCAAAUCAGAAAAACAACAAGAAACUCCAUGCUUUAUUGAAAAAACUUGCAAAAGGCGACGUGGCCGGGGGACUAGUGCGUGUUUCUCUUCCAUCUGUGCAUGAUGAAUGAAUUAAGUGCCCCCGAGCCGCUUUCGAACGCGUUCACAUUCAUGGCGCAUCAUUUGCAGACAUCAAACCCAACUUCUCUCAUCCACGUGGCCGCGCAUCAAGACGCAGACAAGUCUGUUCACGCAAGUCUACAAGAUGCUAAUGCAACGUUCGCCCGUGUGUCGCGAGAUGUUUCAAAAGAUGUCAAUCGUCGGCGGCUUCAGCAGCGGCGCCGUCUGCGAUCUGAACUCGCACGCAAAGCUGCUCGCCGAGCUGCUCGACUCGCUCAUGAGCGAUCUGCAUCAGCCGGCGAAGAUCGUGCUCGCCAAGUGCCAAGACGUCGGCGCGGCGCACGUGAACAUGAACGCAAAGUGUUGCGGAGUGGUGUUCGAUCAGUUGGGCGAAGUGUUCACCGAGGUAGGUACGGGGCAGGAAGGUGCGGCUUCGAUAUAGAGCUUUUCAAGUUCGUUUUCAAAGUCGCACCGGGAGUACGGUAGACGUCGACCUCUUUGUUUUGUUGUAGCUAAUCACGAAAGUGGAGUGCGUGCGUUCGAAGCGCGAGGCCGUAAAGAGCUGGAUGUGUGUCGUUUCGUACGUCGUCGACAGCAUCAAAAGUGGAUACAUGGAAGAAUGGGCGAAGAAGAGACGCAGUAAUCAACAAGCCCCGCCACCGUACCCAACCGCCGGCGGUUCAUGUGAGUAUCUCGAGAACCUGCGCUUAUUUCAAAAAGUGGUCAACUAAAAAGUUGCUGAAAAUUGUAUGCUAAUCAUAUUUGUAGUUGAGCGUUUCAUUCCAAAACGCUCUGUUCAAGAGUUAUGAGCGUUUUUCUAAACACCACUCAAAAUUUCAACUUUCAGGUCCAUACGCCUGA